AUGCCAAACAACACUUUACCUUUUACCCCACAAAAACAAAUCAAGAUUUCUACCUGGGUCUUCCCUGUUUACCGGCGAGAGGACACAGGCAAAACCCCGAAAGUAACAGCGGUAAAUAUGUCGGGUCUUUCCAAACACGGCGCUCCAGCCGUCGCUGUGAAAAAGGAGGCCUGCAAGUGGACAGAGAAUGAAGCAACUCCAGAUGCUGAACUUCAUAAGAGUUGCGAGGCAGCUCAAGCCGAAGAGGACGAGAUUCAUUAUCUUCCCAAAGAUGCGCAAUUUUUUGAUGUUGUCUUGGUAAAAUCACAUAUCGGUCCUGCCUAUGCAAUGGGGCUUCCUGUUAGUGCCGCGUCAAUGGUUCCUAGUGUGGCGACACAUUUCAUUCUUCGGCAUCGUGGCAAGGACUGGAAAGUCCAUUUCCCUAGAGAUUCACGUUCUCGGCCGAGGUUCGGUACUGGGUGGAAAAAUUUCGUGAUUGACAAUUGUUUGAAAGAGAAUGAUGCCUGUGUUUUUGAGCUGAUAGAUUCGAACCCUCGAGAGCCCAAGUUCAAGGUGCAUAUCCUCAGGUUCAAUUUACCUCCCGAGCUCAAGGAGUUGGAUGAUGCCCGUGGUAAGACAAAGGAUUCGCCUAUAGUUGUUCUUGAUUAG